GUCUUAAUUGCCCCAGUUACACACACCGAAACCAAAAGGAAAGCAAAUCAGAGACUUAAAGAUGAUGGGAUUUGUUGAAAAUUGUGGAGAGGUGUUUUGGAAGCAUGUCUUAAACCUCCCUGGCGUAUAAAUCGGGGAGGAGUGACUGGCUGUUGUGUAUAUUCUUAACCUGUCUCCUGUGAUGUUUUCUUUAGACUUCUCCACUUGUUUUUCGCCGUUAAAUUAAACCCGAGCGGGCACGUGCGCUGAAUUUAAACGUGAUCAAAGCUGAGCUGCAGUAUGCGUCGUGGACUUGGGAUUAAGGGUAAAGCCGCGAGUGUUUUCCGUGAGUAGUAGUGACGCAGACACGCCAGACAAGGCCUCGGUUACGACCACUGCAGUGAAGGGGAAGGUGAAUGGGGCAACAGCGACCUCCGUGGGCAAUGAGACCGGAUGCUUCCGCUGCGCAAUAGUGGCUCAGACAAAAGGAGGGGAAGGACUUUAUGGUGAUAUUUAGAUCCGCCAGACAGGCUGUUAUCUGCAGAGGCAAAAGAAGUGAAUAGCCCCUGCAGUAAACUGGGGGGAAAAACACCCUGAUUUAGGUUUACAGCCUGAGAGCCAUUGGCAUAGUGGCGUCUUUCCCUGCUCUGAAGGUGUUUGUCUAUACUAACUUUUAGUGCACAAAUAGGCGCACAGCCGCUCCUUCCCCCCCUCGGCUUGUUUGAUGUCUGUUGGCCAAAUAAUGUGCAAGUACCAGCGAGGUGAUAGCUCUCAACUACAAUGCACAUUAUGGACAGCUUGUGCCUUUUCCCCCCCCUGUGCUCCUCUUUUAAAUGCAAUAGUAACAGCAGAGUGGAGAGAAUUCCUGCGUGUUGAAUUGCCUGUGGCCUUGUGGGGUGUUGGCCAAGCUCUCCGUUUAUUUGCUGGUAAUAAAUAAAACACGUAGCGUAAUGUGGGAGAACUCAAGGUUGCUGCUUUGUGAACGUGAUCUGCAGUGUGGGGUUUGCUUUAGCGUAUUAUGGACGUUGAUACGCACACAGCCACCACAUUUCGUAAAAUCCACAUUGAUUUAGGCUAUUGAUGUAUUUCUGUAAUAUGCAUACAUUCUCAGUAUACUGAGAUUACUGUGACACAUCAAUAUAUUUCCAGCUAAAUUUUAUGCCGGUUAAGGCUUAGAAUUCCAACAAAUACAGAGUUAACAUUUAUGUAUUAGUUCUUUUUAAGGUUAACACUACUAUCGGGCAAUUGUCUAUUUAUUUAUUUAUUUGUUGAAUUGUAUAAUCUCAAUCUUCACUGCAUACAUUUUAAUGGUGCUGCUGUGUCCUGGUGUUUGCCACUCGCACCAUUUAAUUUUAAAAGGAGGAAACCACAAACACCACAUUACGCAUAUAUUUAGAUCUGUUUAGGUGUAACUUUACACCGAGCCACUGGCUGCUAGCGGGCAUUAGAGUUAAUUUGUUGAUGGCGGUGAUAAUGGCAACAUAUAGGCUCAUUCAAGUGAUAACAGCGGUGUAAAUAAUAAACGGGUUAAACGGCAGGUUAAGCAAGGAGAAACUCCAUCAAUAGGAUGUUAUUUGAAAAAUAUUCGUCUAUUGUGCUUCAAUUCAGUGGGUCAAUAACACACAUGCACCACAUUUAUUCAGUUUCCUUUGCUCAUUUUAAUUCACGUUCUUCUAUAUUUUUAUGUUCUAUUUUUGUGACCAUUUUGUAACACACAAAUUACUUUAAUAUAUUUAAUAACAUGCAGUCACGCGCUAUCCGGUAAAUGUUUUUAUUUGAUUUAUAUAGACCAAUGGUUUUCGACUGUAAUUAUAACCAAACCAAUACAACUGCAACUAACAAGACAAACAUGGAAAUAAUAUCGUCCCGCUUCUUUUUCCUUUUUGUUAAUCUGAUUGAAAAUUUCAAAAUAAAAUCUUACAUUUUUUUUAUAAAUAAUCUCAUGUUUAUUGAAUUCUCUUUCAGCUAUAAGAAAUGUACAUAGUCCUGCAUUAUCUUCGUUAAAACUCUGUGCUGUAGUGUGGAUUAUUAGAUGUUAGGGAUUUAGCCCCAACAUAUUUAGUGACGUGAAAUAUCUUGUCUAAAUCACGAAAUGUGGUUAUUGUAGAAAAACAAGACCACAUAAACAUUAUGCUUACACGUUUAAUGUUUUUUAAAUCAGCAUAGACCCAUAAACAACUAUCUACACUAGCUAAAUCUGUAAAAUGUUUAUUGUUUGAAGCUGAAAAGAAGAAAAUACACGGACACUGGAAGAUGUCUAGCAACCGAAAAGAACAGAAUAAAAAAUGAUGUAUUUUUGUAUAGUUGUAAUUUGAGAUCCAGACGUUGUUUCAGCUUUGAGCUGCUAAGUUUCUUCAAUACAGUUGUGGUUAAAAUGUGUUUUGUUGAGCAGCAAUGGUGGGUGCUUAUGUGUCCUAUAAAGUACCUCGUAAAAUAAGGUUUCCAAAAACAUACUGUAUCGUUUUGGAUAACCAAGAAGGGAUUUUAACAGCAGCAGUAGGGUAACAUACUAUACAAGAUUUCUUAUCAUUGAGUCAAUCAUAUUUUUCAUCUCACAGAUAACAGAUCUAACUUUUAUCUUGAUAAUUCUUAGCUUUAAAACUAGAGUUUGUUAUAGGAGCGCGGGUGAGUAUUUAAUGACCAAAGGGAUUGAUUUAUCCUUUAUUGUUCAGCCUUUAUGAUCACGUGUGUCUGCUACCCAAUGGCAUGGCAGUCUGUCCUCACAAUACUAGCCCACUGUAGUUCUCUGUGGGGCCAAGUUGCUACUUGAUUUCUCCACAUUGUUAUUUUGUGAGGCUGGGUUUACUGCGUGUGUAUGUGUGUGUGGUGUGUGCGUGCGCGCUUUUACUUUUUGCAUGUAUCUGUUUGUAUGACUGCGUACAUGUGAACGUACAAUUUUUCUGCCAUGUCGACAUCCGGAACACUGACUAGUUACUACGUCGAUUCCCUCAUUCUGCCCGAGAGCGAGGAGCUCUCUGUGCCGAGAUACCCCUCCGGUCCUGGGCUCCAGCACGCCAGACAGUCCACCUCCAUCAGCGACCACAGCGAGCUUGGGACCUGCACCUUCCCGUCCAAACCUCCGGUAUUCGGGCCGUCAUGGAGCCACGUUCCUGCUCAGUUCCCAGGCACCGUCUCCUCUGUGUAUCAUCACCACUAUGGGCAUCCCCAAGGCCCGAUCGGUGCAGAUACAGAUGGCCGCUAUCAGUCGUGGCUGUUGGAGCCCAUGUCUGGUUCUCUUCCCAUGGCCGGAUUACCGGCGACCCAUCACUACGGAAUCAAACCGGAGGGUGUGGGUACGCGAGCUGACGGCGCGCUGCCCGGCUCCCAUACGGCGCUGUUGCUCUCUGAUUACGCCAACGGGACGGUGGCAACGGCAUCACCGGUGGAAAAGGACGCACUGUCCGGCCAGGCAGGGGACAUGAGCGGUGAAGCUGAAGAGAAACCAGGCCUUGAUCCAAAUAACCCAGUGUCCAACUGGCUCCACGCGAGCGCCACGAGAAAAAAGCGCUGUCCUUACACCAAGCACCAGAUCCUGGAGCUGGAGAAAGAGUUCCUCUUUAACACCUACCUGACCAGGGACCGUAGGUACGAGGUGGCGAGGCUGUUAAACCUUACCGAGAGACAGGUUAAAAUCUGGUUCCAGAACCGCAGGAUGAAGAUGAAGAAGUUUAAUAAAGACGGCGCACCGAAAGACGAGUGACUGAACCGUAGGAAUACAGUAUUAUAGGCUGUUAGCGAGCUUUGUGUGUGGAAGCUCUUAACUCUGCUGGACCUUGUUUUUAAACUUCAUUGUCUUAUUGUUCUAUAUAACAGAAGCUAUUAGGCUUAUUUGUCUGGUAAAAAAAAAAAAAAAGCAUGUUGGGCUUCACUUUGAUGCGACUACCUUUAUAUUGCACAAUUUUAACAGUGCCCACUCGUUUUUUAAUUUGUUCUUUUCUUAUGUUGAUUUGAAAUAAUACCUCGUUAAAGUGUAUUAGUUGGCCUGGUCCCUGUACUUGUUUGUGUAUGGAUGUUUCUAUGUGUGUUCCGGUUUGUAGCUAUAUUUGUUGUCUAUCUCAGAGUCACCUGAGCGUAUAAUUUGUCAAAUGUAUUAAUUUUAUUGUUGCUUCUCCCUUACUGCUAGAACUACGACUGAUGACCAUGAGUUUGAAUCUAACAUUGGAACCGUAGAAAAACAGACUGAACGCAUUUUGAGGGAGGUGCGUAAACCUCAGAAACCUCUUGGAAAUGCUAAAAUACUAAAUUAAAAGAUGUUAUAGAAGCUAUAUUACGUGACACGAUUGACUACCUAUGUCUUUCAACUACCUACAAUAACCUAUUUUCUUUCGAUGGCGGAUUAUAGUAGAUUUGCUUGCAUUAGAUGCUGAACUAUGAAUUUCAGGGAGUAAUAUUUUGAAAUGUUUGUUAGUGAGAGAAAAUUAAAUAAAACACUGUAGGCUACUUAAUGAAUACCUCAUGGUCUGCUGACCGACUGACUUUUGGUUCACAAAUGUAAUUUGUACUUUAUUUAUUAAAUAAAACAAAUUAUAUCUGCGAA